AUGAAAAAUCAUUACACUCCAAAAAGUUCAGAAAGAUAUGGUAAACCCACUUAGCCAAUUCGACAUUCACUUCCAGUUGGACUAUUCUCAAGUCAGAAUUCUCUGUUUGCUUCCAUCCUCAAUGUAAAAAACAGAGAGAAAAAUAGUAUAAGUCAAAAACAGAAGAAUUCUUAAACUCGUUUUGAAAUAGCUACAUAAAGAGCUGAAACACCCAACAAUCAAAAUCCAUCCAUACCAUUUACGACGAAAUAUCAUCUGAGUAGUCAACCACAAAAACAAAAAAAGAAAUCUAAUUUAAUAAAUAAGGAAUCGUUUUAAUCAAAAAUAUCAAAUCUUCUCUGCUAAAAUAAAAGUGCUGAUUUCGAUAAUCUGAGUUCUUAAAUUAAAGAAGGAGAUGAUUAAGAAAUGAAUAAAGUUUUCAAUAAUCUAAAAUGUGUGAGUCAAUAAAUCAAUUGUAUAAAGCCUAAUCAAUUAUCUCAAUAAAUUUUAUCUUCAUGGCAAAAAGUGUUGACUUCCAAUUGUGAAAAAUUGAUAGAAUUUAAUCAAUAGAAAAAGAAAUUCGAAUUGGGAUGCCCACCAUUAAUUAAAAGUGAUAGUUCCUCAUCCCAAUUUUACAAUGCAUCAGGUCUCAAUCUUGAAAAGUUGUUGGCAGAAGAACGAAGAAACCGUCUUAUGGUUGAGGAACAGACUAGUAAAAUAAUAUCAAGUCAGGAAUCUGAAAUUAAGUCAUAUGUAAAUAUUCUUCCUAUUCUUAAGAUCGAGAAAAUCAAAUAAUUAGAAUAGAGGUUAAUCGAAAAGAAUUCUUGGCAAAAAUGA